CGGCUGUGGACGGACGAGGAGGAGCUGCUCAUCCUGCGCGGGUUCCUCGAGUUCACGUCGCGCCGGGGCACCGCCUUCGCGUCGCACCAGUACGACACGGGGCCCUUCUACGAGGAGAUCCGCCGCAAGCUCUCCUUCAACUUCUCCAAGAACCAGCUCAUCGAGAAGCUGCGCCGCCUCAAGAAGAAGUACGGCUAUGGGUACCGCUGCAUGCCGAGCUGCCACUCCAGCCCCUGCUGCCUGCCCAGCUGCCACUACUACAGCAAUGGCUACCACGGCUACGGCGUGCGCGCACCGCCGGCACCGCCACUGGGAUACGGCUGCUAUGAGGAGCAGUCACGCGGAGGCGGAGGAGAAUGCGGCAUCCAAUGGGCUAGAGAAGGAAAAAAACGGCCCAACAACACUUUGACCCAAAACAACCAACGCUCUCGCUCUCAGCCAAACCCCAGGCACCACGCACAUACAAGCAUACAGCGCGCUGGCCCUCUACCCGACACCCAGCCGCCGGCCGCCCCCGUCCCGGCCUCUGCCUGCCUCGCGGCCUCGCGGGACGCCGGUCGCCGGCCGCCCAGGAGUCUCCUCUGCUCCUGGCCUCCUGCCUCCCCAUUGCGCCCUCGCCCUGCCCGGCGCUCGGCGCCAGCCUUGCCACCGCCCCCGGCCGCGACCCUUCCCUGUCCCGGCCGCGUGGCGCCCCUGCAAGCCGGCGGCGCCGCCCAGUCCGCACUACGGCACUCGGCUCAGCCUGAUUUGAGAGUUGGAAAGGAGUACCAAACUACCCAUCUGUUCCUUCCCUUUUCUGCCAUGAGUUUAGUCAAGAGCAAGUUCAGAAAUAAGAUGGGCGAUAGUCUUUUGGAUGAUUGUCUAGUCACAUACAUUGAGAGGGAUGCUUUCUCCGAGGUGAAUGAAGAUGAUAUAAUUGACACCUUCAUGGCAAUGCAAAAGCGUGAGCCAGAAACAUAGUCUUUUUGAACUUCUCAAGGUAUGUACUAUGGUCCAUGUAGUAUGUACUAUGUAGGCUUUUUAAUGCAAAACAGAGAUUUAAUUGAGGAUUUUAGUGUUUUUGCAAGUCCAUAUUGUGAUGUUGAUCUAUUUCUUUGU